AGAGAGACAGAGACAGAGACAGAGACAGAGAGAGAGACAGACAGAGAGACAGACAGAGAGCCUGGGAGACAGACAAAGACAGACAGACAGAUAGACAGCAUGUCUCCCUCCCAGUCCUCACUACUACUGCUACUGCUGAUGGUCUCCUGCUCCUGGGCCUCACACUUUUUAGGAGGAACCAUGACCUUCAACCCCAGAGGGACCAACCCAGACGGAACCUACAGGGUGGACCUCCGUUACAAGGCAGCCCUUCUGUCUCGCGGCUGUUUUUCUGAUACCUGGUUUUGUAUCAGUGGGGACUGUGGGAAUGAGAUCAGUUUAGUGGUUAACACAGUGGACCAGGGGAUAUCUGAGGUCUGGUGUCAGACAGAGGGAGUCAUGACUAGACACGUCUCCAAUAACACACAGACUUUUGAUCUGCUAUUGGAUAGCGGAAACUGGAUAGAAAAUGAUAAUUCUGUUAGUGCUUGGAGGCUGUUGACUCAUGUGGAUCUUGGGGUCAGAUCUGACACGAAGACAGUCAACCGAUCUCCACAGACCACUGUCGUACCUCUGAUGCGUGUCCCUGCUAAUUGUCCAAGAGAUUUCAACCUGUUGUCGUUUGAUCCAGAUGGGGAUGAGGUCAGAUGCAGAUAUGCAGUACCAACGGACGAGUGUGUCACAUCAAGUAACCUUCCUAAUGACUUCACUCUACAAGAGAACUGCACCUUGUCAUUUUGGGGCAACAGUAACAGUAACAACAACAGUAGUACCACUAGAACAUAUGCAGUUCAGUUAAUGAUGGAGGAUUUCCCGACUCAGUCCAUCUCUCUCUCCUAUACUGACGGAUCUCAAUCUAUCAGGACCUCAAACAACACACUCUGCAACCUACCUGUUCAGUUUGCAGUGAGAGUGGACCCCCCGGUGACAUCCUGUAUGGAGGGCUUGUACCUACCCAUGUUCCUGUCUCCAACACCAGCCCAGGGUGCACUGCUCUACGCCUCUGCAGACCAACCCCUUGAAAUCACUGUCAGAGCACAGGCUACCCAGUCCACGGUUUCAGAGCUGUUGGUGAGUGGCCCUUCCAGUAUCACAGAGAACACCACUGUCCCAGGAGAGUACCUUCUAAGAUGGAUGCCCACUGAGGAUGAGGAGGGAGGGUACUAUCCUGUGUGCUUCAUCGCUCAGGGAGUGAACGACAGUUCCAUGUAUCACUCUGAGCUGCGCUGUCUGAUCGUCAGGGUUGGAAACACAAGUGCCAUCAGAACCACAGAGGAACCAACAACCUCCCCUCCUCUGACAAUAAACUUCACAACAACAGAGGAACCAACACCCUCCCCUCCUCUGGCAAUAAACCUCACAACAACAGAGGAACCAACAACCUCCCCUCCUCUGACAAACAACCUCACAACCACAGAGGAACCCACAACCACUCCUCCUCUGACAAUAAACCUCACAACCACAGAGGAACCAACAACCUCCACUCUUCUGACAACAAACCUCACGACCACACAGAUUUCACCUGCACUUCCAACUACCACCCAAAAAACUACUGAACUCACAACCACACCUACAAAUGUUAGUACAACUACCACAGCAUCCACAACUACCACAGCAUCCACAACUUUAAGUACACACCCAACCACCGAUCUCACAACCCAUAUUGUGGACGGUACAACAACGAGCAGUGGGCCUAGAUACGUUGUUGUACUGAGGAUAAAACUGUCCUCUCUGAUCCCACUAACAGAUGACUACAUCAGAAACGUGCUUUUACAGCAGCUCCGUGAGGAACUGAUCAGACAAGGGCUGCCAGGGGACUUUGCGCUACGCCUGAGAGCCACUCAUGGGAUCAGUUCCUGAGGGAGGAACAGGAAUUCAGAUCAACAUUCUUCACUCCUACUUGUCUUGUCUUCCUGGUUCUGAUUCUGCAGAAAGUUCUUCUGAAGAAGAAGUGGUUCCUUAUAAUGACAGAAUAUGGUUGAUUGGUACUAAUCUCUUGGGACAGACGCACGUAACAUGAAUUAUGAUUUUUGUUCUGGGUUGCCAGGAUUAGCUGAAUGGACUGACAGUGCUUCUUACUGAAUGUUAGUUGAAUGACUAACAUGACUGGGGUUCAUUCCUGUUUGGUAAUGUACAGAGGUAGACUGGGGUUCUUUCCUGUUUGGUAAUGUACAGAGGUAGACUGGGGUUCUUUCCUGUUUGGUAAUGUACAGAGGUAGACUGAGGUUCUUUCCUGUUUGGUAAUGUACAGAGGUAGACUGAGGUUCUUUCCUGUUUGGUAAUGUACAGAGGUAGACUGGGGUUCUUUACUGGUUGGUAAUGUACAGAGGUAGACUGGGGUUCUUUCCUGUUUGGUAAUGUACAGAGGUAGACUGAGGUUCUUUCCUGUUUGGUAAUGUACAGAGGUAGACUGAGGUUCUUUCCUGGUUGGUAAUGUACAGAGGUAGACUGAGGUUCUUUCCUGUUUGGUAAUGUACAGAGGUAGACUGGGGUUCUUUCCUGUUUGGUAAUGUACAGAGGUAGACUGAGGUUCUUUCCUGGUUGGUAAUGUACAGAGGUAGACUGAGGUUCUUUCCUGUUUGGUAAUGUACAGAGGUAGACUGGGGUUCUUUCCUGUUUGGUAAUGUACAGAGGUAGACUGGGGUUCUUUCCUGUUUGGUAAUGUACAGAGGUAGACUGAGGUUCUUUCCUGUUUGGUAAUGUACAGAGGUAGACUGAGGUUCUUUCCUGGUUGGUAAUGUACAGAGGUAGACUGAGGUUCUUUCCUGUUUGGUAAUGUACAGAGGUAGACUGGGGUUCUUUCCUGUUUGGUAAUGUACAGAGGUAGACUGGGGUUCUUUCCUGUUUGGUAAUGUACAGAGGUAGACUGGGGGUCUUUCCUGUUUGGUAAUGUACAGAGGUAGACUGAGGUUCUUUCCUGUUUGGUAAUGUACAGAGGUAGACUGGGGUUCUUUCCUGUUUGGUAAUGUACAGAGGUAGACUGAGGUUCUUUACUGUUUGGUAAUGUACAGAGGUAGACUGGGGUUCUUUCCUGUUUGGUAAUGUACAGAGGUAGACUGAGGUUCUUUCCUGUUUGGUAAUGUACAGAGGUAGACUGGGGUUCUUUCCUGUUUGGUAAUGUACAGAGGUAGACUGGGGUUCUUUCCUGUUUGGUAAUGUACAGAGGUAGACUGAGGUUCUUUCCUGUUUGGUAAUGUACAGAGGUAGACUGGGGUUCUUUCCUGUUUGGUAAUGUACAGAGGUAGACUGGGGUUCUUUCCUGUUUGGUAAUGUACAGAGGUAGACUGGGGUUCUUUCCUGUUUGGUAAUGUACAGAGGUAGACUGAGGGUCUUUCCUGUUUGGUAAUGUACAGAGGUAGACUGGGGUUCAUUCCUGUUUGGUAAUGUACAGAGGUAGACUGAGGUUCUUUCCUGUUUGGUAAUGUACAGAGGUAGACUGGGGUUCUUUCCUGUUUGGUAAUGUACAGAGGUAGACUGAGGUUCUUUCCUGUUUGGUAAUGUACAGAGGUAGACUGGGGUUCUUUCCUGUUUGGUAAUGUACAGAGGUAGACUGGGGUUCUUUACUGUUUGGUAAUGUACAGAGGUAGACUAGGGGUUCUUUCCUGUUUGGUAAUGUACAGAGGUAGACUGGGGUUCUUUCCUGUUUGGUAAUGUAUAGAGGUAGACUGGGGUUCUUUCCUGUUUGGUAAUGUACAGAGGUAGACUGAGGUUCUUUCCUGUUUGGUAAUGUACAGAGGUAGACUGGGGUUCUUUCCUGUUUGGUAAUGUACAGAGGUAGACUGAGGUUCUUUCCUGUGUCAAGAAUAGUUGGUUGAGGCUCCGUUUUCUGUGACAUUUUAGUGACAGAGGACACAGGUAGGUAGGACCCACUUGUAAACACCCACACACACACUCAGGAAGACGUUUCACUUUCACUCACACAUGGAGCAUAAAGAAGAGUUAACAUUGAGGUUGAAUUGACACUGACGAAAGAGAAUAAAUUAACUGACUGACUAAAGAGAAGAAGAAAUGAAUUGGGAAUUGAUUGAAAUCAAUUAAAAGGUUUAUUAAAAGGUUAAACAUAUUAAAAGUUAAAGGUUGAAAACAUUGGGAGAUAUUAAAGGUGAUAAAAUAAUGCAGGUGAGGAGAGUUAUAAUGUAGUUUUCUUUAAGUUGUGAAUCAUAUAGACUGUGUUUCAUUCUGCUUAGAGGACAAGGCCUUAGGAGGUUGAUAACGAGACGUUAUAAUGGUCAAAUGUUAUAAUGUUGAAAUGUUUAAAAUAUUGAAGUAUUAAAAUAUAACUGGAGUAAUAAAUUAGGUUGUAAUAAGAUUAGAAUUGAGUAAAGGUAGUUUGAAAAAUGUAUGUUAAGAAGUUGAUGUUAAUGAAGUAUAUUAAAAGGUGCUAGCUUGAUCUGGAAAUCCCUUGAGGUUUCCUCAUUGAUAGACAUGUUCUAGAACAUUCUAGGUGGAACCCUUAAUCUUACCUCAUUGGUAGAAGUGUUCUAGAACAUUCUAGGAGGAAUCCUUUAGGUUACCUCAUUGGUAGAAGUGUUCUAGAACAUUCUAGGAGGAAUCCUUUAGGUUACCUCAUUGGUAGAAGUGUUCUAGAACAUUCUAGGAGGAAUCCUUAAGGUUACCUCAUUGGUAGAAGUCUUCUAGUACAUUCUAGGAGGAAUCCUUAAUGUUACUUCAUUGGUAGAAGUGUUCUAGAACAUUCUAGGAGGAAUCCUUAAUGUUACCUCAUUGGUAGAAGUGUUCUAGAACAUUCUAGGAGGAACCCUUAAUGUUACCUCAUUGGUAGAAGUGUUCUAGAACAUUCUAGGAGGAAUCCUUAAGGUUACCUCAUUGGUAGAAGUGUUCUAGAACAUUCUAGGAGGAACCCUUAAUGUUACCUCAUUGGUAGAAGUGUUCUAGAACAUUCUAGGAGGAAUCCUUAAGGUUACCUCAUUGGUAGAAGUGUUCUAGAACAUUCUAGGAGGAAUCCUUAAGGUUACCUCAUUGGUAGAAGUGUUCUAGAACAUUCUAGGAGGAAUCCUUAAGGUUACCUCAUUGGUAGAAGUGUUCUAGAACAUUCUAGGAGGAAUCCUUAAGGUUACCUCAUUGGUAGAAGUGUUCUAGUACAUUCUAGGAGGAAUCCUUAAGGUUACCUCAUUGGUAGAAGUGUUCUAGAACAUUCUAGGAGGAAUCCUUAAGGUUACCUCAUUGGUAGAAGUGUUCUAGAACAUUCUAGGAGGAAUCCUUAAGGUUACCUCAUUGGUAGAAGUGUUCUAGAACAUUCUAGGAGGAAUCCUUAAGGUUACCUCAUUGGUAGAAGUGUUCUAGAACAUUCUAGGAGGAAUCCUUAAGGUUACCUCAUUGGUAGAAGUGUUCUAGAACAUUCUAGGAGGAAUCCUUAAGGUUACCUCAUUGGUAGAAGUGUUCUAGAACAUUCUAGGAGGAAUCCUUAAGGUUACCUCAUUGGUAGAAGUGUUCUAGUACAUUCUAGGAGGAAUCCUUAAGGUUACCUCAUUGGUAGAAGUGUUCUAGAACAUUCUAGGAGGAAUCCUUAAGGUUACCUCAUUGGUAGAAGUGUUCUAGAACAUUCUAGGAGGAAUCCUUUAGGUUACCUCAUUGGUAGAAGUGUUCUAGAACAUUCUAGGAGGAAUCCUUUAGGUUACCUCAUUGGUAGAAGUGUUCUAGAACAUUCUAGGAGGAAUCCUUAAGGUUACCUCAUUGGUAGAAGUGUUCUAGAACAUUCUAGGAGGAAUCCUUAAGGUUACCUCAUUGGUAGAAGUGUUCUAGAACAUUCUAGGAGGAAUCCUUAAGGUUACCUCAUUGGUAGAAGUGUUCUAGUACAUUCUAGGAGGAAUCCUUAAGGUUACCUCAUUGGUAGAAGUGUUCUAGAACAUUCUAGGAGGAAUCCUUAAGGUUACCUCAUUGGUAGAAGUGUUCUAGAACAUUCUAGGAGGAAUCCUUAAGGUUACCUCAUUGGUAGAAGUGUUCUAGAACAUUCUAGGAGGAAUCCUUAAGGUUACCUCAUUGCUAGAAGUGUUCUAGAACAUUCUAGGAGGAAUCCUUAAGGUUACCUCAUUGCUAGAAGUGUUCUAGAACAUUCUAGGAGGAAUCCUUAAGGUUACCUCAUUGGUAGAAGUGUUCUAGUACAUUCUAGGAGGAAUCCUUAAGGUUACCUCAUUGGUAGAAGUGUUCUAGUACAUUCUAGGAGGAAUCCUUAAGGUUACCUCAUUGGUAGAAGUGUUCUAGAACAUUCUAGGAGGAAUCCUUAAGGUUACCUCAUUGGUAGAAGUGUUCUAGUAGCUGUUAGUUUUUUAGACACCAACUGAGGGACUGAGCAUCCCGAGGAGGAGACAAAAAUCUGUUUAUAAAUUGUAGAAGGUAAGAACAUGUUUUUCUUGUUAUUAAAUACAGUGCUUCUCAUGAAAUUGUGAAAAAAAAUAUAUAAUAUUGUUACACCCUAAUAAGGGUUUAGUUAAGGGUUUAGUUAAGGGCGCUGAAGGCAUCUCUCAAUUUAAUCCAAGGAAAUGUUUUGCUUAUCAUCGAUUGAUGAUAUUGAUUUGUGAUUGGUUGAUCGAGGGUUUUUUAUGCCUUUUUUUCUGUCAUUUUGAAUAAACUUGCUUUAUUGUUCUGAAA